AUGUCUGCUACCGGUCGCAGCCCUCUCUCUGUUGUUUUCCUCCUCCACAUUGCACUUGAAGUCCCGCUGGCAAUUCAGGGUGUUUUUUCGCCCACGAGCCUCCCUUUCGUGCAACUCAACAACACCACCCUCGUCAUCCUAAAAUUGUACUCCGCUCUCGUGCUCGGGCUCUGUCUUGUUACGUUCCUCUGCUACAGUUUACCUGAAUUCCUGCCCGGCAAACGCGCUUUGGCCAUCGGCCUGUGUGUCUACCACACCGCCUGCUCCACCAUCCUAUAUAACGCCCCUCGCUUCAUUCCGGCCUCGUUUGGCGGGAUCUUUGAGGCAUAUCGUGUUACCCCAGAAAUCGUCUGGGGCACCCUCCACGGCCUCGUCGGGCUCAGCAUGGUUAUAUGGUGGCAAGGCACAGUACAUUACGCGCAGCUUAUGAGGGGGGCAGCGCCGCAAUAA